GGGUUUAACGAAGUCUCGCGGUAUUUCCUCGCCAUACUUGUCUCUCGUUGCAGAAGGGCACGGAGAGGCCGAAAACUGGUACACCCGACGGACUACGGCCAUUCAUUGCACAGGGUGUAUAUAACCAGUCAUGCUGUCUAGAUUGGUGCUCGUUUCAGCGUCGUCCCUGAAGAGCAGUGGGGCACUUGGGGCUGGCCUCGUGCAGGCGUCUCGCUCGCUGCACACGUCCCCACAGUCUCUCGCCCCUGUCCCCCCGCUGCCUGAGACGGGAGGCAAGACUCGCCAUGGCAUCAUCCCCGAGGAGAUCUUCCAGUUCCUGUACCCCAAGACCGGAGUCACAGGCCCUUACAUGCUGGGGACCGGUCUGGCGCUCUACAUGCUCUCCAAGGAGAUCUACGUGAUCAACCACGAGACCCUCGCCGCCCUGUGCAUCGGUAUCAUCGCUGUCUACGGCGUCAAGAAGUUCGGUCCCAGCGUGGCGGCUUUCGCUGACAAACUAAACGAGGAGAAAGUGGCCAAGGCUCAGGAGGUGAAGGACUUGGCGAUGAACAGUCUGAGCGAGGCCAUCACGGAGGAGAAGAAGGAGCAGUGGAGAGUGGAAGGGCGUGGCAUGCUCUUCGAUGCCAAGAGGAACAAUGUGCAGAUGCUGCUGGAGACCAAUAACAGGGAGCGACUGCACAUGGUGACCAAUGAGGUGAAAAAGAGGCUGGACUACCAGAUCGCCCUGCAGCACCUGAACCAUCGCCUGCAGCAGGAGCACCUGGUCAACUGGGUGGAGAAGAGCGUCAUCGGCAGCAUUACUCCCCAGCAGGAGAAGGAGAGCAUCGCCAAGUGCAUCGCAGACCUGAAGCUCCUGGCUAAGGCCACUCAGGCGAAGGCCACUGUCUAACAUAAUGCAGUCUUCAGCGAAGACCCUCUGAAGUUCACACCUCAUUAUAAAUAAACUGUUUCCUCUUAAAGAUGGGCUAACUUUGUCUUUGUAAUUUGAACGGUUUCACAUUGCUUGAAAUCAAAUAAAGUUUUGUUUGGACGUUGA